AUGCUUAGAUCAUUGGUUUUUAAGAGAUAUGUCUCGGGUGGUUAUCAUGGAACGAAUCAAGUAACUCUUCCUAGAAGACCAUUAAAAAAGAUACGUUUAGGAAAGGCUAGACCAGCUAUAUAUCAUCAAUUUGAGGUUCAGGUUGAGCUUAGCGAUGGUAGCGUGAUUACAAGGAGGUCACAAGUGCCAAAGAACGAAAUUAGAUUGAUACAGGAUCAAAGGAAUAACCCUCUUUGGAAUCCAAGUAGAGACGACUUAGCUGUUGUUGAUGCGAAUGCCGGAGGUAGAAUGGACAAGUUCAAGCAGAAAUAUGAUUCAAUAUUCAGUUUGGAAGUCGAGUCACCUGUGAAAAAGGCACCAGAAGACAAGAAGAUCGAUAAGCAUGCCAUCAACGAUACAAAAGCUGCGGAAGCUGUGGAAGCUGAGGAAGACGAGUUCGGCAUGGACGAUUAUUUGAGCCUGCUAAAUGACGACUCGCGGCAAGUGCAAAGUGGUGGUAAGAUGGCCACCAAAAAGAAAGACAAGAAAUGA